UAGCACACGUCUUACGUGUAUUGUAAAUUGCCAAUGCAAAACACACGGAAACAAUAACAGCGAAUGCGAAGUCAACAGCAAUUCUGCGAGGACAGUGUCGGAAACAGCACAUAAAACUCAUUUUUGUCACACUUUGCCUAUAUCUCUGCAUCAAGAUGACUACCAUGUAUGGCCCAGAAGAGAGUAUCUAUAAUCUCAUCCCUGGAGAGGAGGUCAAGGAAGUAAAACAAGCCCAGUACACGUCUAAAUUUCGAGGAAAUGUGAAGGUCGAAACCAAGUCAAACAAAGCCGCCAACAAGACGAUGGGACCGGCCAAAGUAGAGCUCAAGAAACCCGAAGAAUUCCACAAGAAGCACUCCAAGGAACCAAAGCUUCCGCCCAAGACCAAGUUCACCUACCCCGAUGAAGAAACAAGAAGACCAGCUGUCCCCAAGAGAGACGAAAAACCACUCAUGGGUCUCAAGUCAAACAAGAACUUUGUCAAUACCAACGCGGUUGAGAACAUCAUGUCUGUGCCCAAGAAACCCGCUGCUAACUUUGUUGAUACAGUGAACGGUGCCACGCACCCUCUGACGCCGUCCGGUCUCAUGCCCAAAUACGUCAAGAAGAAGGGUUAUGGUGAGGUUCGCUACCUUCAGCAGCGCAACGAGGAAGUGCAGCGCGCCCAAGAGGAGUACGACGAAUACAUCAAGGAGCACUACAGGAGAGGAGCCAUGAAGUGCCUGACGGAGGAAGAACGCAAAGCAAUCAUGGGCGGGCUCAAGAAAAACUGGGAAGAGAUCCACCACCAGUACCAAGGCCUGUCCGUCGUCACGGACACCGCCCCCAAGAAGGCGCGCAAGGAGAGGAUGGAAGCGGAGAUGAAGCAGCUCGAGCGGGAUAUAGAGCUACUAGAGAAACAUAAAGUUAUCUACAUCUCCAACCAUUGAGUGACUCGUAACAACGUUGAUCUAAUGAACUUCUGUUUGAGAGAAAAAUAAGCCGAUUCCCUGAUGUAGGGAUGAGCCGUCGACCAGGGAUUAUUUCUACCAUCUUGAAGCACUGAGCUGAUCCGUCCAACUCAUUCAAUUACCUUCAGAUACUUGCUUGCAAUGGCAUAUGUUAGGAAAUUCCUUGAUAGAGUGGAAUUUGGCUCAAAUUAAGCAAAGUUGCUGAUGCAUGUAUUAAAUUCAGAAAAGCACACUGCCUCAUGCCCAUAAAUAUUAGAUAAAAGUAUGAAAUUUUAUUUUCAGACAGAUAGUUGAUGCUUUCUUUUCUCGAUUUAUUAAACAUUUCUGAAAUUCCCAUCCGAAUUGCAUGUAGCCAUAAAUUAUGUCCAUAGAACAGAAAUGUUUUGUGAGGAAUAAGAGUAUUUAUUGUGCUUCAUUUUUUCACCAAUUGUUUUACACAUUGUGAAGUACAUGUAUUCAUUUUACUGAAUUUGUAUUUGUAACAUCGUCAAUUGCUAUGUACUAACUUUUAAAUGUGUAAAUUUUCAGUGAUAUCAUCGAGCAAUGUAUAUACCAUAUGUAAAUAUUCAAUAAAUUUAUCUAAGGAA